AUGGGCAAAUCCCAGUCCAAGCUCUCCCAGGAGCAGCUAGCUGAACUGCAGAAGUCCACCCAUUUCGACAAGAAGGAGUUGCAGCAAUGGUACAAGGGCUUCCUCAAGGAUUGUCCCUCGGGCAUGCUCACCAAAGAAGAGUUCCAGAAGAUAUAUAGGCAAUUCUUCCCCUUCGGUGAUCCAAGUUCAUUUGCAGAUUAUGUCUUCAACGUCUUCGACAGCGACAAGUCGGGUAGUAUCGACUUCAAGGAGUUUAUCUGCGCCCUCAGUGUUACCAGCCGAGGCAAGAUGGAGGACAAACUCGACUGGGCUUUCCAGCUGUACGACAUUGAUGGGGACGGAAAGAUCAGCUACGAUGAGAUGCUCAAGAUCGUCGAGGCAAUCUACAAGAUGGUCGGCUCCAUGGUUAAGCUCCCUGAAGACGAAGACACCCCCGAGAAGCGCGUACGGAAAAUCUUCCGCAUGAUGGACAAGGACGAGAACGGCAGCCUGGACAUGGAAGAGUUCAAGGAGGGAAGCAAACGUGACGAGACGAUUGUGUCGGCACUGUCUCUCUACGACGGCCUGGUGUAG